AGUUAGUACCAUAAGCGACAACACUUUAUUUUUCUGUGUAUCUGGUCAUAAAAUGCCGAAAGAAAGUCCUUGUUGAAGUUUUCAUGAAUCGAAAAUUCAGCAUUAAAUAAAUUCUGAAUUAUGUUUUGCCUUUUUGCGAUAAUGAUGGUGCUCUUUAUGACGACUGACGCGCAAUUGCACAGGACUUCAUUACACAAGAUGGAUUCCUUUCGAGAAUCUUCGAAGAACGUUGGCACCAACUUGCAAGAAAUUCUUUCGUUAAGUGAUAAUCUUCCUUCAGUACGUUUGACCAAUUUUAAAAACAUGCAUUACUAUGGCUCUAUUAAAAUUGGAACUCCACCGCAAAAAUUUAAAGUGAUAUUUGACGCUAGUUCCGAAGAUCUUUGGAUACUCUCUAAAAAAUGCACACAUCCUAUUUGUUGUAAUUCGUUGUUUUCAAAACAUAAUCAAUAUGAUAAUACAAGAUCCAAAACGUACAAUGAUAUAGGAAAUAAUAAAAAUUGUAAUUAUUCAAAUUAUUAUUCAUCAUAUAUCAAAUAUUUUUAUGUAGAAGGAAACGUAGCAAUUGAUACAGUGAAUGUUGCCAACCUCAAUAUAGAGAAUCAAACAUUUCUAGAAGCGAUACACAUACUUGACAAUAUUGAGUCAAUCGAAAAUAUGUGUGUACGAACAUUUGAUGGUAUCUUUGGCCUGAGAUCUCUUGAUACAUUUAAUAACAGAAUAACGCCUCUUUUUGAUAACAUGAUUGAACAAGGUCUGGUGUCAUCACGCAUUUUCAGUUUUUAUCUAAAUAGAGACACUUCAGCCGAUUUAGGUGGGAAAUUGAUAUUCGGUGGUUCCCAUCCUGCUUUUUACGAAGGGGAUUUUAUAUAUGUUCCUGUUACUAAUUAUACAUAUAAUCCUGUUAUUAACAAGCGACACUGGCAAUUAACCUUAGAUAGCAUCCAAAUAAAUGAUUUUACUUUGUGCGAGGAAAGCUGCCUAGCUAUCGUUGAUUCAAGUGCUUGGAAAAUAACUGGACCAGUAUUAGAUAUUUCAAAUAUUUAUGAUUUUACUGAAACUAAUUCACAAGGAAUAGUGAACUGCGAUCUAAUUGAUCAAUUGCCUACAAUCAGUUUUAUUUUGGAUGGUAAAGCAUUCAAUCUUACCGGUAAAGAUUACAUCAUUCAGCACCCAGAUAAUGAAAGUAUAUGUAUAACCAUCUUCUAUAAACAAAACGUAUUUAAAAAAUUCUGGAUUCUGGGUAUUCCAUUUAUUGGCCGUUACUACACCGAGUUUGAUAUGGAGAAAAACCGAGUGGGAUUUGCUUUGGCGAAAAAUUCAUCUAAACAUAUAUAAAAUAUAUUUCUUCGUCACCAUUUAUUGAUCGUAACUACAUUGAGUUUGACAUAGAGAAAGAUCGAAUGGGAUUUGCUUUGUCGAAAAAUUCAUCGAAAUGUAUAGAAAAUCAUUCAUUGUCACUUUUUAUUGUAUACUUUAUCAUCAAAUUUUUAAAUUAUUGGUUUAGUUUUCGAUAGGAAAAAUACUGAAUGUUUUUUAUUCGCCAAAACACAAGAUACAAGGUUAGCAUAUUAUCAAUGUCAAUUUUUGCAUAAUAUGUAUAUUGUGCCUUAAUUUUCAACAGCAAUCCUUUAUCGUACAAGUAGCUGAAAUAAGCUUAUUGCUAAUUAGAAGCGAAUUUUUGCGCAGUGUCAUUUGCUAAAUUCAUUGUUGCAUGACUAUCUAGUCGAUAUAAUCAAUCUAUCUUUAUAUAUAUUAUAUGUAUUAUCAGUAAGAUAUAAUCAGUCUUUAUCAGACUAUCUAUUCUUUCGGAGCGCUUAUGUUUCCGUCAUUCUUAAUCAUUCACACAUUUAAUAAUUUAUUUUAAUACAAUUUGUUUUAGUUAUAAAACAAAAUAUUAAAUAAAAUAUUUUUAAAUUUGAUUAAUCGAGAGGAUAGGACGCCUCGAUUACAUGUAUAUGUCUCGAAUGCACGCGAUUGUAUAACAGCUGCUAAAUGUGGAUAAAUGAUAACUCUAAUAGUACAAUUCGAGUACAAUAUUUAUUUUACAACAUUUAUUUUUUGUAUGUCCUGUUGCAACGUACGGAAAGAAAUUUGUCAGAAAUUUCGAAAACAUAUUCCGCUUUCUCGUGGUGAUUGUAAUGUUAAUCGACACGGAUAUCUAAACCUAAAUUCAUACAUUGUAUUAUAUG